AUGAGUGCUAACAGCAACGUGUAUUUCCGAGUGAUUGGCAAUUCAAUAGGUCUAGCGCUUCACACGGGUAAUGCGGUAGUUCUGCACUUUACUAUGCAGGGAGACAUAUUGAAAGACCCAGACAUCAGAACACUCAAAGCUACGCAACUGAAAUUCGUUACAAUAUGGAAUAUGGGCUUUCAAAUGAUCUUCCUAUUCCUGAGUCUUCUCUGUGACGUGCAAUUGAUUCUCAAAAAGAAAAAUGUGCCAAAAUACGUAAAGCACAUCAGAGCGUAUAAUGAUAUUAUAUUUUCGGCAAUCGUAUGGCCUCUUACUGUGAUCGUUUUCACCGUAUUCUGGCCGUUCUUCAUUAUAAACAGAGAAUUAAUAUUCCCCGCAUUUAUUGACAAAGCUAUAAGUUUGACGUCCAAUCACAUCAUGCAUACUUCUAUAUUACCUAUAGUCCUUAUAGAAAUGUUCUGCCAUCCUAGAAGUAGGCCAAAAUCGCAUAAAUGGUACUUGGCUCAUGCUGUCUUCAUCUUCGUGUCAUAUUUUGCCGUAAUUCUAUACAAUUAUAGCAACACUGGAACGUUUCCAUAUCCCUUCGUGCUGAUGCUGUAUGGAACAGUAUAUUUCCCAUUAUUUGUCCUCGCAACGUCUAUAAUCUACCUAAUAUUGUAUUUUACUCAGUGGACAAUAAAUGAUUUAGUACAUAAGCGUAAUAAAUCUAAAAUUCGGUGAAA